AGACACUGUCAAUCAUGGAAACAGUUCAAGUGCGUCGGCAGUACAUCCGUUCUUAUCCAUAGGAGUUCGCAAACACUGAGGGACUUGCAGGAACCGUUUCUCUGUAGAAAAAAAGAAAUGGCAGAGAUGAAGAGAAUAGGAGUGGUGGGUAGCGGCCAGAUGGGAUCGGGCAUCGCCCAGCUUGCAGCCGUACAUGGAGUUGAUGUGUGGCUUCUUGACACGGAUCCUUCUGCUCUCUCCAGGGCCUCCAAAUCUAUCUCCGACAACAUCCUCCGCCUCAUCUCCAAAGGCCAUCUCUCUCAGGCAGUUGGUGACAAUGCUUUGGGGCGCCUGCAUUGUACAUCAAAUCCGGAAGAACUGUGUACGGCGGAUAUUGUUGUUGAAGCUAUUGUGGAAUCUGAAGAUGUUAAGAAAAAAUUAUUUCUCGAGCUAGAUAGGAUUGUAAAAAGUUCUGCCAUUUUGGCUUCCAAUACAAGUUCCAUCUCCAUAACUCGUCUAGCAUCUGCAACUAGCAGGGCAAGCCAGGUAAUUGGCAUGCAUUUUAUGAAUCCUCCUCCUGUAAUGAAAUUGGUUGAGAUUAUACGUGGUGCAGACACUUCAGAUGAAACAUUUUAUGCAACCAAAGCUUUGGCAGAGAGGUUUGGCAAGACAGUUAUUUGCUCUCAGGAUUUUUCUGGCUUUAUUGUGAACCGGAUCCUAAUGCCAAUGAUAAACGAAGCAUUUCAUGCUCUUUAUACAGGAGUUGCCUCAAAGGAGGACAUUGAUACAGGAAUGAAGUUAGGAACAAACCAUCCGAUGGGUCCUUUAGAACUUGCAGAUUUUAUUGGAUUGGAUGUGUGCCUGUCAAUAAUGAAAGUCCUUCAUGCUGGUUUAGGGGACAGUAAAUAUCUUCCCUGUCCUCUUUUGGUGCAGUAUGUUGAUGCAGGUCGGCUUGGAAGAAAACAGGGUAUUGGGGUAUAUAAUUACCGCAAAACAACAGAACAAGCAAAACCAUCAGGUCGGCUCUGAAUUCACACUGUUUUACCAAUAAUGAGUACACUGGGUAGACUUUGUAAAUAAGAUACAUGGCUCACCUCUGGAGGCAAUUGCAGAACUAAUAAUUGUGGAUUACCAACUCCUCCAAUUCUGUUCUUUUCUUCCUUUACACUCCGUAGAUCAAGAAUAUGUUCCAUAGGAAGUGGGUAAGGUCCCCACAAAAGGGCAGGAUUGUGCUUAAAGUAAUAAAUUUGACAGGGUUUUUGAUGGUCUGCUCUUAUGUUUUUUAUGCUUUUAGUUAUAUUCCUUCAUUUCUGCCAUCUGCGUUGAUGAAAUCAGUCAAAUUCUUAUGUCAAUGCAAUUGUAGCAUCCUGUACAAAUACCUUGAGAUUCUCAGGGGAAGUUACAGAGUCUGCAGUAAUGAGAUAGAUGAUCAGAGAACUGUGGCUGGGGUAGGAAUGCUAAUUCUUUAUCAGUCAUCUUCAGAAUUAAUCUUCUUUCUAAUUGGUCUGCAAAUGCGACCAAGAAAUAGGCACAUACUAGAUUGCACUUCACAUGCUCCCCCUAUCUUUUCUCUGUGAAAGUAAGAGAAUAAUUAAAGCAAAGUCAGCAAGAAGCAAUUCUGUGCAGUUCAUGAUGACCAUUAUGCUUUGGUAUAGAAUAAGCUUCUUGCUUUUGCAAGAACGCAGAAAAGAUGAGAAAAUCUGAUAGCUUAUUUGAACUGUUAAACCAUGCUUGAUUACUAGCUCUCGUUAUAAAAUGAUCAUAUGUGCAUCAUAAGGUUCAAGAUUUCUAUGUAUGUUCAGACAAGUUCCUAGACCACACAGUAAUAUAAGAAUUUCUACAUUUAUUGCUUGCCAGCUUGAGAAUUGGUUUUUCUGUGAGACAGAAAUCAAGAGCAGCCUCUAAAUUUCCUCACAAGUGACCAAAGCAUGACCCACAAAAGAGGAGCCAAUAAUGAGUAUUGAGUUCAUUGUUUCUCAAGGCUAGCCCCACCACCAUUCCUCAUUUUAAAGCUGGCACUGUUACAGCAGCAUUUUCUUUAUUGAAAGCGAUUGGAUUGGAAUCCAAAGGAUUAUUAAAUAACCUUAAAAAUGAACAGCAUUAUUAGAUAUAAAAGAAGAUAAGGAAAGGGGAAAACGCAAAAGGGAAAAAGAGAAAUAAAAGGCAUGAGAAAGCAAAUACUUUUCCUACAAAUAAGGUUUUCAGUAUAUUUUUGAGAGGAUAGAGAAAGGGGCAGAACAAUAAGCAAUGAAGUUCUUGUUCCAGUGUCCUUGCUGCUCUUGUUUCUGUUUCAUGAAGCCCAAGAAGGGAAAACCAAAGGCAAAAGAAACCAAGGUAGAGGAUGCAAAGGAAGAGAAGAAGGAUUGAAUAAAAAUGCUGAUGCAAAAGUAACACAAUCACUACUUUGCAUUGCUGAACUCUUUUUCCCUUUAAUGGUGCUCAAGUAAAUUGUAUGUAGCAAAUUUUUCUUUUCUUUCUUUCUUACUAGUCCAUGUGAAAUGCUUCCAUCUUAAAUUGCUAUUAUGAAUGGGAAAUAAAAUGGCUAAAUUUGAUACAA